UGGGGAGAACAGGCAAUUUUCAUCUGUUUUGCUUUUGCCGCAACUAAAGUGCAAUCAUGAAUUUGUUAAUGAAACUAACGUUAGUUGUUGCUGUGUUUUCAGUAAAUAUAUUCUACUACGUCAAGGCGAACUCCCUCGAGUAUGAUGGCUGGCUGAACAUUGCACUAUAUCACGCGCUGGAUUACGACGAACCGAACAAAUUCACCCUUCGAGGCAACGUUACCGUCACUAAUCGCAACACUGGAUUAGUGUCGGUGGCGCAAGAACCGCUCACACUGCAAGAUCGAAACAAACUAAAACGUUUAGCUCAGGAGAAUCGGCUUUACCGUCUGGAGGCACACGUUUCCGAUUCAAAUGGUGUAACUAAGUUCCUUACGUCUUCGAAAGCGUGUGCGUUGGCAAAAGCUCAACUGACCGACGUAUUGUGGGUAUCUCUGGACCACUCGGGAACGGUGACUGCCGUUACGCAGUCCGUGAACAAUGGUAAUAUGGACCAUUGUAGAGACCUGUCCAACAGCGAUGUUGACGUGCUGGACGAAUUCAAUACCGAUGUCUACGUGAAACACACGGAAAAUGCACCGAUCCCGGACACGGCCAGUUUCAUUCAGAAGAUGGAACGAGAACGGGAAGCAAGAGAACGUGGAGAUACCAAGGAUAACCGUAGCUUCUUUGCGAAAUAUUGGAUGUACCUCGUUCCAGUGGUCAUAUUGGUACUGAUUUCCUCGACCAACCCCGAUGCUGGACAACGUUAACCCAAGAUCAGCAGAUGUGGCUACCGCUUUAAUUUAUUUUUAGUCAAUUGGAACCCAAAUUAAAGAAACGCGCGUUUGCUAUUCACUAACGAA